GCGAGCACCCAGUCCCACACUCAAGGCCACACUCUGUCUACUCAGCAUCAUGAAGGUGCCCGCUGCUGCCCUCGCCGUCCUCCUCUGCCCCAUGGCCCUCUGCAGCCAGGUCUUCUCGGCACCAUUUGAGGCUGACACCCUAACGGCCUGCUGCUUCUCCUAUAAUGCCUGGCAGCUUCCUCACGAAUUCGUAGCUGACUAUUUUGAGACCAGCAGCCAGUGCUCCAAGCCCGGUGUCAUCUUCCAAACCAAAAGAGGCCGGCAGCUCUGUGCCAACCCCAGUGACGACUGGGUCCAGGAAUACAUCACUGACCUGGAGCUGAAUGCCUGAGUGGCCUGGAAGUUUUGAGGAACCCAGUGACCUCAGUGGCCCGACUGGGCAGCAGGGGUCUGAGCCUUGGAAAUACCCCUGUCACCUCCACAGCUACCUCUCCUGUGUGCUGCUUGUUUCCAAACAGCAACACUCCGGGACUCGCUCCUAACUUAGAUUGCAACUUAUUUAUAUAUAAUAUUCAUAUUUUUGUAAUUUAAUUUCAGUGUCCCACUGUGUCUGGGACUGUGUGCUCCAAGAGGUCCCAAGACACCUUUUCACAGACCUUCCCUUCCCCAUUCACUUGCACUCUGCUGACAAUUGACUGUCGGCAGCUUGUUCUACGCAGAGAUGGUGCCAAUGCCACCAGACUGACAAUCGUGUAUUGGAUGUUUCCGUUCAGUGCUGUGUUCAGCAAAGUGAAAUAAUAAAGAU